AUGGAGAAAUCUAUGACGGUGAAUGGAUAGAUGAUACUGCAUGUGGAAAAGGAAUCUAUAUUAACAUAAAUGGAGUUAAAUAUGAAGGUGAUUGGUUUAAUGAUAAUCAACAUGGCAACGGAUUUGAAGCUUGGCCAGAUGGUGCUAGAUAUCAAGGAGAAUAUAAAUUUGGGAAAAAAAAUGGAUAAGGUAUCUUAACAUUUACUGAUGGUGCCAAUUAUGAAGGAAAUUUUGUUGAUAAUGAAAUUUCAGGAUACGGAAUUUAUAAAUGGGCAGAUGGACGAAUAUAUAUAGGAUAAUGGCAAGAUAAUAAAUUGCACGGGGAAGGAAAUCUCAGAUGGCCAGAUGGAAGGUGUUUCAAAGGAAGUUAUGAAAAUGACAAAAAGUAAAGGUUAUGGAAUAUUUUAUUUUGGGGAUGGUAGAAAAUAUAUUGGGACUUGGAAUGAUGGCAAAUAGAAUGGUUUAGGAAUAUAUUAUUAGGAUGAGAGACAUUAUAAAAUUGGAGAAUGGUAAAAUGGAUAAAGAUAACACUGGCUAAAUGAUCAGGAAAUAGAAGCUAUCAAAGAAUCAAUCUCUUAAUUAUAAAGAUUAUGA